UUUGAACCGAGAAUUUCCGAAGGGUCGCACACUGGUCACUCAUGAUAUAAAUAAAUUUGAGGUUUUAUGUUUCGAUCACACAACACGGCGGCAGGCUGUAGCCACAAAGACAAUAUGCAGCUCAACUCUUUCCAAAUUCGGACAGAAGUAAUUGCUAAACGCUUAUGGCGUCUAUGAUAUCGGAGGCAUGCACGUGCACAAUAUUACCACAGUAUCGAUCGAGUUUUCCAUACUGAGCUGGUUUAUUCAAUAGUCUGCUCGCAGGAGGCUCUGUAACCCCUUUUAUUUAUAUUUCACUCUUGUAGUCAUGGGGCCGAUUAUUGUUUACAUCUUAUACAUAAUCAAAUCUAUUUACCUAUGUUUACGUCCUUUGAGACAUCCACCAGUGGUUUUGCGCGAAAUGUCCUUCCAAUACAGUAAAUUACCAGAAGGGUCAAUUCGCGUCGUUCACCUACUACCCGGAGAAGACGCUGUUAACGUCGAACUUUCCGUUAGAAAACUGAAUGAUAAAGAGCCAGUAUACGACGCUUUAUCUUGGCAAUGGGGCAGUAUAAGUUAUACAGGUGAAAACACGAUCAAUAUUCGAAAUGAAGGGAAUAACGACUUUCAUCAAAUGUUAGUGAGGCCAAACUUACUGUGGGCAUUGAAAAGCAUCCGUCGACUCCCUCCCAACGCUCAACCUAAUAAACUUUGGGUCGACUUCAUUUGCAUCAACCAAAAUGACCUCGAAGAAAGAGCUAGUCAAGUGGCAAGGAUGACGGAGAUCUAUCAGGGCGCCAGAAGAGUCCAUGUAUGGCUUGGGAAACCAGGACAUACGGUAGAUCCCCGUAUAAUAGACGAUUUCACGGACGAAGAGCUUAAAAUAGCAGUUCAACAUAUUGAUACUAUCUGGAAUUUGGAUGAUGCGAAUCAUAUAGGCAGCGUGGACAUAGGGAUUCGCAACAAGGCUAACCUGCAUAAUCUGGAGCCCUUGUUCAAAUUGUUGAAACGAGGUUGGUUCAGUCGUCGCUGGAUCGUGCAGGAAGUUGGAGUGGCGAGAGACACAAUUGUGCAUUGCGGGGAUAGACAGUUCGAGUGGGAGAAGCUCACCCAUGCCAUUGCCUUGCUAGAAAGGAUCGGUCGAGAUGGUUCGAUCGAUAGGCUGUUCAAACUGCGUCCAGACACGCGUCAUGUUUCCGAAUACGUGGGUAACAUUUCCGCACUCCCAGCAUUUCGUCUAGUUCAGAAUGUUUCUGGGCUGCACCGCCAGCUAAGUAGAAAGAGUCGGAGCAAGCAAUAUACUCUCGAACAGCUUAUCUGCUUUCUUGUCAUCUUCGAAUCUUCGGAGCCCAAAGAUAUCGUCUAUGCAGUACUAGGUAUCGCCUCUGAUGUUCGACCCACUCACGGUCCACGCCGUAAUGCCCUAUCCUGUGACAGCCAAACGAACCCCGGCCCGACCGAUUUUCCAGUUCGAUAUGAUGGCGAGGAAACGCUUGACCUCUAUAUACGUUUCCUUAAACAUGCAAUGCAGAAAUCCAGGUCGUUAGAUAUUCUAUGCAGACCGUGGGCUCCGGAGGGGAUAAAGUUGCCGUCUUGGAUUCUGGAUGUAACUCGAAAACCGUUUCGAGCUACUUCGAGGGGUAAGAUGGUCCGCUACAAUCCGGACCCUUUUGUAGGGCCAGUAAUCAGAGGAAAAUACUAUACCGCAUCUGGGCACUCUAUCAAUAACCAAGAUUGGUUUUUCAAGAUUAGAAGCGAUGGGGGGGAUGGGAAUCCGAAAGUAAUAGUAGUGCGUGGUUUUAAAAUAGCCAAACCAGUCGAGAUGUGGGAUUUGGCUGUCCAUGGGAGCAUUCCUGCUUCAUGGCUGAGUGGUGUGAAUUGGGAAGAUUCUAAAAGGCCACCCCCCGAAGAAUUCUGGAGAACCAUAGUGGCUGAUAGGACGAGUGCAGGUCUCGAGCCGGAACCGGGGUACUCAUCGAUAAUUCAAUCUGCUGUCGUGGAGAGGGGUGUUCACUAUGGAAUCAAUACCAACGAGUUCAUCCAUGAAAAGGACAAUUCGGCCUAUUUUGAGGUAUUCCGUCGCGUACAAGCUGUUGUCUGGAAUCGUAAGCUGAUUCGCGCGGAACUCCUCUGUGACGGUCGCGACAAUUGUCACGAUAUACGUUAUGAUCGAUGUCCAGAUGGGGGUUAUGAUGGGGAUCAUGAAACGGAGCGACCUUUGGGGUUGGUUCCAGCUAUGGCCGAGAAGGGGGAUUCGAUCUACAUUGUGGACGGCUGCAGCGUGCCUCUUGUUCUGCGACCAAAAGAUCAGAAAGCUGAUGGAACAGCUACCUACUAUGAGUUAGUAGGGGAGUGCUACAUCAACAAUAUGAUGGAUGGGAGGGCAAUGGGUGAAAGUCCGAAGUGGGAGGAUAUCAAAAUCAAAUAGCUAUUCCUGUAAUCACAAUCAAUGAUACUGUGACCCUCGUUGUGUGGAAUGUCACUGAGAGGGCAGCCCCCUGACUUAUCCUGUCAGCGAAUGAGCCAAUAGUUUCCGAUUAAAGUGUCACGAGAGGCUCGGUGGCGCAGCUUAUUGAGACACGCAUACAUACACGGAGUUGAGAAUGGUGUACUUCCGUUCCAUCGCUAGCCUCUGCAGUAAGCAGAAGUUUUCGAGCCAUAGUAGAUUAGCUAGGUAGAUGAUUUUAUAAUCCAAAUAUGAGUAAGAAGAUGUUGGUAUGAAGGAAAUAGGGGUAGGAGAUUAAAUUAGCCGCUGAUAUUAA